CCAGUUGACUGGGUAAUGUUUCUCUAACAUGUCUUCGACACAAUCAUUGGUGGAACAUUGCUUGAUUGUCGAUGGAGCACCUAAAUCAUUAAACAAAAGUCAGCUGUUGGGGAUAAUUCAAAGACAUAAUUCAACAACAAACAUUUUGAAACACCGUUUUCAGGAAAAUAAACAAUUGAAUCAGUGGGUUCUUUGGCUUAACUCGUCAAAAAGCGUUUCUGACCUUUGCGAUGAAAUACAAGAGGAUCAGAUCGAUACAGAUGAUGAAUAUUAUACAGUUACUUUCCACAGAUGCAACGAGUCCGAUAUACCCGAAGCUUGGGUCAACAGUGAUGUUGCUAGGAGUAACAGGGGACUUGGUAACAAUACCCAACACGGUACUUUCCUUGAACCGAACACAUCACAGUACACAUCUGAAAAAGAUCAGCAGUUCAAGAAACCAACUGUCAAGGCUAAAUUUUCAAAUUUACCGGAGGAUAGUGAUAGGGAAUAUUUAGAGCUGUAUUUGGAGCAAGAAUUAGGAAAUGAUGUUGCAUUUGAAUCAAUAGAAUUAUGUGGAAACGGCACUGAAGCAAUAAUAGAGUUUCAAAAUAAAGAAGUGUAUGAUCUGUUAAUGAAGAAGCAGCCUUUAGACGUGGACGGUCAGAGUGUUUAUGUAGAACUCAUAGAAUCACAACCAUUACUUCAAGGUGACCCUAAAACAAUAGAGGUUACAUCCAAUAAAGGAGUUAUUACAGAAAAGACCGCACGGACUAUUCGUAUGUACUUUGGCAAUAAUGGUCGUUCUGAUGGAGGGAAAAUAUUGGAAUUCAAAUUAGUGGCAGAUACAGAAACAAUCCUGAUAACGUUUGAAUCAGCAGAAGUUGCAAAAGCUGUAUCUGCACGACAAGAUCAUAGAUACAAAGGCGCUUUACUUAAUGUUGUUCGGAUAGAUGAAGACCUGCUCAGGAAAAGAGCAAACGAGGAAAGUGAAAAAAGGAAACCAAAAUCAAUACGCAUUACAAAUGUACCCUAUGAAAUCGACAAACAAACUCUGGAAAUGGUGUUUGAGGACGCUGAAACAUUUGGAGAGAAUAUCUGCGUUGCCGAUGUUAAACUAGACCCUAAGAGUAGUAGUGCAAUCAUACACUUUGCAGAAGCCGAUGACGUAGCAAGAAUACUACAGAAGAAGCAAGUUGAUAUUGAGGGACAGACUGUAUAUAUUGAACCUAUCGAAGAAGAUAAUCUAGAGGAAUCGUGCACUGUUGUGGUAACCGGACCAACUGAUUUACUCACAGAGGAUAACAUCAAAUCACUCAAAAUGUAUUUCAAUAACAAGAGACGAUCAGGGGGAGAAGAUACCAUUGGUUGCUGCGUGCGAAAACCUGGCUCGGUCGAAGUUACAUUUAAAUCUAGCAAGGUUGCAAAACGUGUAGCAGAAUGGGAUACUCACAAGUUUAAAUCGUUACCAAUAGAUGUGAACCUAAUGGAAUACAAAUCUGAUACUUCAUCUCCCGAAAAGUCUAAUAAGUUGCUAUUCUCGGGUGUUGAUGGAGCAAUUAAAGAUGUCCUUGUCCUUUACCUAGAGGACAUGUUUGAAAACCUACACGUUACAGACGAAAUUCCUGGUGAUGAUGAUUCAACGGUCAUACUGGAGUUUCAUGAUUCAAAUGACGCUCAAAUCAUUUUGCAAAGACAACCAAUAUGUAUCGAUGGGCAUUACAUCAGCGUAUCGCUAUAUACAGAUGAACCAGAAAAACAUUGUACAAUACAAGUUAAAGGUCUUCCAAAUAUUGAAAACCAUAUAGAUGCAUUACGAAUGUACUUCAAAAACUCCAAACGGUCUGGAGGAGGACAAAUCGUUCAUUGUGAGGUUAAGAAAGACAGAAAUAUUGCACUCAUUAAAUUUGAAACUGAGGAAGUCGCUUGUUCGGUUGUAAAUCGACCUAAACAUGAGUUGAAGGGAACAGUGUUGGAAGUAAUGUUAUAUAAUAAGCCAAAAGAAGAUUUAAAGUCAAGGGUUUCUGAAAGCACCAGAAAGAUACUCAUCAAAGAAUUACCUGUGUCAAUCGACAAAGAAUAUUUAGAAUUAUAUUUUGAGGAUUUUGGGGCUGAUGAAAUGGUGGUAGAAAAUGUUGAACUAGACACUGACAAAUCUACAGCUGUUGUAGAAUUUCAUGACCAAACAGCCGUAGACUUUAUAAUGAAACAGGCUCCUUUGAAAAUGAAAGAAAACAUUGUAUCUGUUGAACGCUACAGAGAAGAACAGGUUAAUCUUUGCACAAUAGAAAUUCAUGGUGUCACCGACAUAGAACGUAAUCUUGAAAAAGUGUUGAUGUAUUUCAAAAAUAAAAGGCGUUCAAGCGGAGGAGAAAUUGUUAGCAAUGAUGUUGAUAUUCAGAAAAAUAUAGUUUACAUAACAUUUGAAAAUAAAGAAGUCGCAGAGAGAGUUGUUUCUCAUGAUCAUAGUAAACAAGGGUAUGAAGUUAUACUGAAAACAAAGCCAACUAAAGACGAGGAAUGUCCGACACAAACUAUUGAUACUGUGAAAGUAAAAGGUGUAGACAAAACUGUUUCAAUCGAAACACUAACAUACUACUUUGAAAGUAAAAGACGAUCUGGAGGUGGACCCAUUGUGGACACACGUUGCAGUGAAGAAGAUGAAAAUGUCGUAUUCAUUACAUUUAAAUCACCCGAAGAUGCAAACAAUGUUUCUGGAAAACAGCAUACUGUGCAAAAUUGUACGGUGCGUGUAACUCUUUACAAACCACCACCUUGUUACGAUGACAAGAUUCUUAUUAAAGGGCUCAAAAGUACUAAAGAUGCACUGUUCUUGUUCCUUGAAGCCACAGCAAAUGUGGAACCAAUUAGAAUGGAUCCCCAUGAAGAAGAUGAUAGUACAGUGCUGGUGACAUUAAAGGAAAAACCAAAUUUUGAGAAGCUUGAAAAGGCAUGCAAUGAAAGGCAGUUAGAGGGAGCAUGGCUUAAAGUAUCAAAGGUCCAAAUUUCACAUAGCAUUGUCGUGACCAAUAUCGCACCGGCCGUCACAAAAGACACAUUGCAAUACUAUUUUGAAAACAAUAGGAAGUCUGGAGGAGGAGACGUAGACAAAAUUGUUAUGAAUGAUGACGAUAAUGAACGUACUUGUAUGAUCUUUUUUGAGGAUUACAAAGUAAUUGAUGAUAUUCUUGGCAUGCAUCACACUCUUGGAGGUCAGAAAUUAGAAGUUAAACGUUUUCAACCUGCAUUAGGACGCCCAGAAGGGGAAACGGAAAGGGAGUGGCGCCUACCAAAUUUCAUAGAAAUCAAGGAUGCAGAUUUUGAUAAGAUUUCAUUUGUUUCCAGUUCAAGCAAAAUAAGCAAAUCCUUUCAGGAAGAAUUAACAAAAACGUACACAAAGGUAGUAUGGCCAUCGAAAAUCAACCAGAAGGUACAAUUACAUUGUACGCUCACUCAAAAUGAAAAAUUCUGCUUCAGAAUAGCAAAAGGAUGGAGAAAGGCAGCACAGACUGUAUUUAUGAAACUGAUUGAUUCUAUUGUUGUUCGCCGCAUUGAUGUAUUACAAGACGUUAGACCAAAAGUGAUGCAGUAUCUUAUGAAUUUACAUGUAACCGAUCCAUCAAAUGUAGCGAUUGUCAGUAAAAAAGAUCAAAAUCAUAUUCUCAUUGUCGGAACUAAAGCUGCAGCUGACGCUCUUAAACAUGAUAUAGAAGAAGGGAUAAAAAAGAUAUUAGAAGAUGUCGAAAGGGAAAAGCAAAGGGUGACAGAAAUAUUUUCCAAUUUAGAGACUAUUGAGACAAAGAUGAUGAUUUUCCAACAUUUCUCGAAGGAACUUGAGGAUGAAUUCAAUGACUUGAAGGUUGAAAUCAUAUCUGAGAAAAAUGAAAUACACCUUAAAGGUUUGAUAAGUAGUGUAAAAAACGCACAAAUAGCAAUAUAUGAUAGGAAGAGCAAAUUUGAAAUUCAAAAGCUAGAUGACAUCCCUAAAGUCGCUCUCACGUUACUGCAAUUAGAUGGCACUCGUGACGCAUUGCAAAGAAAAUUAGAAGCUAACUCGAUUCAGGCGAUAUUGGAACCUUUCACAGAUGGGAUUGGUGUGUGCUGUUGCAAACCAUCGUCGAGUAGAAAAGCCGUAGAUAUCAUUCGUUCAAUCAUCUCUAAUGAACGUAUAGCAACGAAUAAAGAAGAGGUUCCAGAUUUAGAAACGGAUAAAUGGAGACAAAAACUUGAAGAAAUAUAUCAAAAGCAUCCCGGAAAGGUGAGAAUAUCACUAGAAGAUGACCAAACGAAUAUUCAUAUAUGUGCAUUGGCUGACAUACAUUCAUCAGUAAAAGGAGACAUUCAGACUUUCUUAGAGGCCAACACGAUUACCUCUGAAACGAUCUCAAACGCAAGAGAACUCAACCGGUUCUUGGAAAAAAAUUGUAAAAGGAUAUUGAAGAAAUCGCAAGAAGGUAUCAACAAUAUUGUAAAGAUUAGACACAUGGAUCAGUUCAGAGGUCUUGAAAUUCGAGGUUUGCAGAAGGGUGUUCAGGACUCAACAAAACAGAUUCAGAUCUUAUUACAAAGAGUAAAGCAUAAAAACCAUACGGUAACUAAACCUGGGAUAGCAGAACAUAUACUAUCCCCUAAAGGAAAAGAUAGCAUACAUACAAUUGAACAUUCCUUGGAAUGUGUAAUCGUUGUGGAAGGAGAUGUAGCGUAUAAACAAAUGACAGACAAAGAACCUGGAACUAGAUCACAUACAACCUUUUAUGGGACGACUAUUUAUGCUUGGCAAGGAGAUAUGACGGAACUCGAUGUCGAUAUUUUAGUCAACCCGUCAGAUAGAAAGUUAGGAUCAUCAGGUGGACUUGGAAAGGCAAUUUUCUCAAAAGGUGGACAAAUGAUAAAUUAUGAAUGCGAAGACUUUAUAAAUAAAAAUGGAAGUCUAAAUGACGGCGAUGUUUUCAUCAGCACUGCGGGUGAUUUAAAAGCUGAAAAAAUUGCACACAUUAUGAGCCAGCAAUGGGAAAAUGGAAAAGAUAUGGAUAAAAGUUUAGAAUUAACUGUCUUUAAGUGCUUACAAACGACCGUAAAUUUACAGAAAAGAUCAAUUGCAAUACCAGCUAUAGGCUGCGGAGUAAAUAGGUUUCCAGUUGAUAUUUCAACCUCAAGUAUUGUGAAUGCAUUAAAGCGAGCAUUGAUGGAGUAUCAGGACAGUUCAAUGCGUGACAUUUAUCUUUGUGAUAUGAACUCGACAAAUGUUGAGGGGUUCACUAGCGCACUAUGUAAAAUAUUCGGGAUUCCUAAUGUGGUCAUGCACGAUGGCGGAAAAGGGAAUUCCAGAAGCCAUGGUCCAGAUUUGGCACAAAUGGGUGCUCGACCAAAGAGCACAUCAGGAUCAACAGUGUUAAAUGCGUCUUAUGGGAAUGGAUUUUCACAAUCACUGUCUGGGCUUCCUAAACAUGACCGUGUUGUCAUUGGAAACAUAGAUGUAACUGUAGUUAAAGGAGAAAUUGCGAGACAAAAGGUGGAUGUAAUUGUAAACACAACAGCGCAGAAUUUGGAUUUAAGAAAUGGUGCUGUGUCAACAUCCCUGUCAAAAACAGCGGGGCAGGAACUACAGGAUGAAGUUAAUGCAAAAUAUCCAAAUGGCCUCGAAAAACGAAUAAUAGCUGUAACUGGUGGAUAUAAACUAAAUUGCAAGUUUGUCAUUCACACAGCGUUGUCAAAUUACAAAGACAAUAAUCCGAAGGAGAGUAUCAAAGGUCUCCAUAAAGUGAUGAAGAAAUGUUUAGAAGAAGCUCAACGAAAUAAUUGUCAAAGUAUUGCUUUCCCAGCAUUUGGAACGGGUAAUUUAGGAUUUCCACGAAAUGUUGUCGCCAAGGAAAUGUUCAAAGCGGUAGAAAAAUUUCAGAAAGAUUGCUCAAAGACGAGUGUCAAAGACGUGAGGUUUAUUGUUUAUCAAAUGGACAGUCAAACGUUUCAGGCUUUUAAGGCAGAGGAGACCAAGUUACUUGAGGGGGUACAUUCAGCAUCUUGUGCAGGGAAAACAGGACAAACUGCAAAAUCUCUUGGAUUCGAAGUUGUGCCUACAGUUAACAGCAGCACUGACCAACAAACUGGUGGAAAUUACUCAUUCGAUGGCAUCACGGUCAUAAUCAAGCAAGGGGAUAUUACACAGGAAAAUACAGAUUGUAUCGUUAACAGUACUAAUGCUAAAUUGAACUUCAAAAUAGGCAAAGUGUCACAGAGAUUGAUGGACGUAGGAGGAGUUGAAUUACAAGAAGAAAUAGAAAAUCACAAAACAGAAAUGAUGAGAAACAAAAUAGUAACUACAUUAGCACCAGGAUUGCCUUGUAAACAUAUCAUUCAUAUUGAGGCAGACUCGAAAGAUGUAGCAGCAACUGUAAAAAAGUGCUUAAAAGAAGCUGAAAACGAGAGGAUUGGCAGCAUUGCGUUGCCUGCCUUUGGAACUAGCAACAUGUUUUCAGGUUCCAAAACAUUUGACUCAGAAAUUGUUUCUGAAGUUGCAAAAACCAUGAUUAAAGCGGUACGGGAAUUUUCUAAAUCUCAGCCAAGAUACACGAAAGAGAUCAGAGUUGUUAUCUACCAAACUGAUUUGUUACCGGAAUUUUUAAAAGCUGCAGAAGAUGCGGGUGAUUCAAAAAGCUGGUUUGAAAAUGUUUGGCAAGGAGUAAAAAAUGUUAUCGGCAUGAGAGGAUCUAGCGAUGGAAAUGAUAGUAUGAAAUCAAAUUAUGGACCCGACUACAACUCUGUUUCAUUCAUCAUUAUUGCUAUGAGUGAUGACAUCAUACGUAAGGCUAUUAAGAAACUUGAAAAUUCUCUCGAAAAGGAAAUUCAUACAAAAAUUAUCGAUGAUCAUACCAUUCGUGAACUGGAGGACAUUCAGGUUGACGAAAUACAAGGAAUAGCAUAUCAAUGUCAUGUUGAAAUGAAUAUGGAUAAAGGAAAAGCAACUAUAAAGCUUGCAGGAAUAGUAACAAACGUAAUGAAUGCUUCAGACAAGAUUAAUAAGCUGCUGAGAGAUGCAGAAAGAAUGGAAUAUUUGAAAAACAUUGAAAAACAUAUAGAAGUAACACAAACCGGAGAAAAGGUUACAGCGUAUGAUAAAGAUAUCAAUAUGGAAAUAGAAAAUGCGUACAAACGCCAAAAAGAUACAGUUGAAUACGUCGCUAACGGGACUGACUAUAUUCUUGACUUUGGAUUAAUGGAAGAGUAUCCUGAAAGUAAUCCCUCAGAUAAAGCUAAGGUCAUCAGAAGGGACCUCGUAAAGGGUGGAACAUUUGAACUCCCUGCACACUGGGACGAUAUGAAGGGCGGAAAUUUACGAGUAGUUAGUUUGCCUACUGGAAGUCCCGAGUAUACAGCAAUUGAAAAACAAUUUAAAGAUUCUGCAGGACAGUAUAACAAAAAUGGUCAACUUAUGGACUAUACUGUUGACAAGAUCGAACGCGUGCAAAACAAAGUACUUUGGGAACAGUACCAGUCCAAGAAAAAACAACUUGAAGACCAAAACCCGUCUGGUACCAUUAAUGAAAGAGAGCUUUGGCAUGGAACCAGUGCAGAUCCCGUUGACAGCAUCAAUGCACAUGGUUUUAAUAGGAGUUUUUGUGGCAAAAAUGCUACUGUAUAUGGUGACGGUGUUUAUUUUGCUUUAAAAGCAAAGUAUUCAUGUCAAAACACAUACUCAACAGCGGAUUCAAGUGGAAUAAAAAGAAUGUACCUAUGCAAAGUGUUGACUGGUGUAUAUGCAAAAGGAGAACGUGGAAUGAGAGUCCCACCUUCGAAUCCCAAUGGAGGACCACAUGCACUUUACGACUCCGUGACUAACGACAUGAAAGACCCAACCAUGUUCAUCAUAUUUCACGAUACUCAAGCUUGUCCCGAGUAUCUCAUUUACUUUAAAAUGUAAAAAAUCAUGAAAACUAUAGAAUUUUCUGAUAUUUUUUUUAUAAAAGAUAACCUUAAAACAUGAUGAUCUAUCAAUGGUAGCAAAAGAAACACUUAACAGACAAAAGAUGUACAUGUAUAAUGUGAUAUAAUCUAUUGACGCUAUUGGUUUCCUAUAAAGAAACAAUAUUUUAUCUUUAAGAAACAAUAUUGAAGCUAACUUUAUUUUGUUUUUACUUAGUUUCUAUUUAUUCAAUAACGCUUCGAUGGAGUUACACUAUAACUUACGUUAUUACUUUUGCAGUUACAUUUUAUAAAAUUGUACACACUGCAGUUGUUUUUAUAUUGUUUUGUUUUCCUAUUUGAGCAGUUUAAAAAGAGUUCUGUAAUUAAAUGCACAAAAAGCAUGUAUAAAAAACAGAUAAUGUGAUUCCCGUACUUAAUAUGUAACUUUCAAUAACUUUUUUUGUUGUAGCACAACAUUUAUCGAUUUUACAAACAUUUUUCAAGUAAUCCAAUUUUUAUAUAAGUUAAAAUAUUUUUAAACCGUUAACAGACAGCUUUAAAAUAUAUAUGCAGAUGUUAUUUUUUUACUAUAUUGUUGAUGAUAAUUUUGACUUUAUAAUUGAAUUAUGUAGUUGUUGUUAUUUUUGUUCUAUGAUCUUGUUGUUCUUAUAGAUUUAUGAUUUUGUUGUUAUUAUUGAUUUAUGUUUUUGUUGAGAUACAAGAUCAUUAUACUUCUUGAUACGAUCAAUUAAAAACGCUAUCAUAACUACAAGCUUGCUACGUUUGAAUCAAAUAGGUACACACCAGGGAGCAAUAUUUAGAUUUAUUUAAAAUUGUAGCUGUCUAUUUACAAGUUUGACAUAUAAAUAGAAUGCCUAUAAGCUAAUUCAGUAUUUGUAAAAUGAGAUUUUAAAAUUAAAAAAAAAUUUAGUACGCAGGGCGUCACUGAUUUUCCUCUACACCAUUUAUUCGAUUGCUGAAAAUCUUAAUAUAGUGUUGAUUUUAACUGGUAUGUUCUCAAUUAAUUUUGUCGCAAUAGCUAAGAUAUCAGUCGUACAAAUAGGGGUUAUAUUAAUAAAUUUCAUUAACUUUUCUUAAUGUAUUAUAAGCAUGUACUAACAUCAUUGCAAGCUAGCCGACAAAAUAAAUCUGAAGCAAAAUGAUAAAAAUAAUAUCAGGGUUUAUCUACCUUUUUUGAGACGAAUUUGUAAGAUAGUAAAAUAGCAUAUUAAUUUUAAUCAAACUUGCAAUAAAAAGCUAGUCACACUCAAAACAAUAUAAUUAUAGAGGAUUCCUGCAGAUGUUAGUGCACGGUACAUUAGCGCCUUUCUUGCAUAAAGGUAACAAGUGUGAUUCGCAUUUUGGGAUAUAUAUUUGGUAUAAAGAAAUCAUUGCUUGUGCUAAUUUAUUUGACAGUUAUGUCUUUAUAAUCAACUUAUCAUUGAAUUGCUUUAUUAAGCUGUUUUUAUAUUGUACGGAAAUAUCCGUUAAGACAUGUUUUCUUCCCCGUUUAUGUAUACAUGCGUGCGCAGUUUCUUUGCAAGAAUAUGGCAUAAUAAGUCAGUCUGAGCAUUUCUUUAUUCAUCAUGUGAAUUCACGUUGCCAUUGCAUAUACCUUUAAGGGUAAUGCAAUAUAGAGGAUAUUGAAUGAGUGUAAGUUCAAUACUGAAUUUAUUGCACGAGUUGAAUAAAAAUAUAUUAUGCGAGCCUCUGGCGAGCAUAAUAUUAGUUUAUUCAACGAGUGCAAUAAAUUCAGUAUUGAACUUACACGAAUUUAAUAUUCUAUUUAUCACAUACCCAAAUAAAGACCGUUUCACGUGAAAUGAGAGUCAUUUUUCAUUGACGCGCCUAUAGUUUAACGCUAACAUUUAGCGCGUCUUUACACUAAGUUUGUAUAACGCUAAUGACGUCACGUCAAAAUAUAUGCACGGCCGUGCAAUACCAUAUUUACGGAGUCGCAAAUUCGGCACGGGUGUGUGAUAAAAGAAAUUAACUUCUUGUUUCUAUUGAUUUGUGAUCCCGCAUUAAUGGGGACGUCAUAUAUUAUGCAUAUUACCAACCAACCAAAUAAAGAUCGGAUUAUAAAGAGACUGCCGAGAAAAUAAAAUGUUUAUCUUUUUACAAAACAUUAAACCAUUAUAGAAUAUUUUCUUAUAAUUAAUAUUUGCUGGGAUAUUGUCAUAGUAUGUUGUAUUAUAUGAACAAUUCUUAAUGCGUAUUUUUAAUGGGUGUUUCAUGUACAUGUAACUGGUAUAUAUGUCUAGACAACAUUUCAGUUUGAAAUGAAAACAGUGUUACCAAAUAAUAUUUUGCAAGCAUUCUGAACCUUAUCAUUUAAAAAUUGCGCGUAUUAACAAUGUUUUUUUGUAUUAUUUAGAAUACAGUUAUAUGUCAUUUCUUCUAUUUUUGAAGCAGGCAUUAAAGUAGCAAGUCUAUAAUUAUACAUUUACAAUAAGUAAAGAAAAAAUUUUCGUCCAAGGCAUUUUGAGAAUUAUUCAUUCGAUUGGAACCCAAAAAAAAAUCAUAAGGCUACAGAAGAUAAUUUUAGCUUUUACUGAAAACCAUCUCCUGCUAUGAUUUAUAGAAUGAUGGCCGUUCUAUUACAACUAUUUGUAGGUCAAUAUUUAAAUGCAAAUACUUUAGUUUCUCAGUCAAAUUUUAGGAAACUCAUUUUUUCACUCUAAAUGAAGUUAACCAAUAAGUAUACAUCGAGACUUUUUUCCAGAAAAUCAGAAUGUGAUAAUUGAAUAGAAAAAGUUUUAUGUGAUUCAUUUAUUUAAUCUUACGCUUAGAAACUCAUAGUUUAUUGUUUAUAAAAAAGUAAUAAGGUUUGGAAUUCGUUUGCCACAUGUGUUUUUAUCAUAUGCGUGGCUAUUAAUGGUUAUUUUUUGUAUCUUUUAUGUACAAAAGUUAUACUUUGCUUAAAUGUACUACAUAUACAGACAUUUAUUUCUCAGUAGUUUUGCAGUGCACACAGAUUAUCUGUUUGAUACAUAUAUAUUCAAAUUUGUGAUUGUUUGUAUUUAAAAGGUAAUGGAAAUUAUACGGAGAUAUGGUGGCGAAGACGAAAUUUGAAAACCAUAAGCUUGUACAUACUCGGAAACACAAUAAAGUGAUAUUUUAGAAAUUAUGAAAUAAGAAAUGUUUGAAAGGAAGAAAAAACAUAAAUUGCAACGAUUCAUUUAUCUUGAUAUUGUGUUUUAAAAUAUCUAACAUGUCAUCUUGUCUUUGACUUUAAUAUUUUAGUAGUUACUUUUACUUGAUGUAUUUUUAAUUAUCUAAAUAUUUAAGUAUUGUGAUCUUUUCAUACGAUGAAUCAAGUAAGUUUAACAAUUGAUAAGUUUCAUACAGCCAAUUACGUGACUUAUAUUAGUUUUGAUAAAAUCAUCCUGUAAAAUGUGUUGUCACUAUUGAGGUUUAAGAAAACUUAUAUGUUUAAAAUGUUGACACUACCGAGGUUGAUGCAAACAUGUAUGUAAAAUAUGUUGUCACUCCAGAGGUUUAUGAAAACAUGUUUGUAAAAUAUAUUGUCACUACCGAGGUUUAUGAAAAUAUGUAUGUAAAAUAUAUUGUUACUACAGAUGUUGAUGCAAACAUAUAUGUAAAUUAUGUUGUCCUUACCGAGGUUUGUGUAAACAUGUAUGUGACAUGUUGUCACUACCGAGGUUGUAUAAUAUUGUGUGACUGUCGCAAUUGAUGCAAACAUGUUUGUAAAUUAGGGUGUCACAUACCGAGGUUUAUGCAAACACGUUGUAAAAUUUGGAAUGCUGUUUUUUAUAGUUUUACCUCAAUAGAAACUUCAUUAAUACAGUUAAUUUAAGAAAAAAUUGAAUCAGACUACCAGGACUUUUUACUUCUAUCAAAAUUAUGAUGUUCUGGAUAAAGAAAAAUGUAGUAAUGAAUAAAAUGUUUCGAGUAGUUUGUAUCAAAAUAAAAAAAAAAAAUCAACAUAAAUGUAUGUUUUAAAGAGAUGUACAUGCUUCAAGAUUCUUAUCGUCGAUAUGGAAAAAUACACAUUUUGUACAUUUGAAUAUUAUGUAUUAAUCUGCUAAUAAAAUUCUUUCGUAGAA